AUGUGGUCUAAGGCAGCAGGAGUGGCUGGAGAGAGAAGAGCAAGUAUUGUUGUAGGACAGCAGAGCAUUGGCUUGGAAAGCAUUAAUAAAGAAAGGUUAAAAGGAAGACUGAAGAGGGAUAGUAGUACUAUGUUUGGGGAUUAUGUUACUUUUAGGGGGAGAGUUGACAUUAGAAAUGUCAUAGAGCAUAGGUCAGAAUUUUACAGAAAGGUUAGAGGGAAGUUAUGGUUCAUCCGUUUGAUCGCCUACACAAACCGUGGAACGGGCAGUGCAUCCCUCGACUUCCCUGCACAUGCCUUUUCCCUGCCGUUCAGCCCAGCCCAGCCGGGUUUCCCUGCUGAAUUCGCUGUUACUACUUAUGAACAAGACAUCUCACAAGCCUUUUGCAGCGUGACUGGCCGCAACCUCGUGAAUCGUUGCUUCUUGUCACACCACGAAAGCACAGGCUCUCACGCAGCCUCCCGCCUGCGAGAAGAAACUCCGCCGAGUAACUUUGCGCUGCCCCCCGGAGCCGCGCACGGGAGGCGGUCACUGCGCUGCGGGAGCACUUCAGCCUGUUCCCACCGGAGCCUUGAUGAAUAUGAAGAUGAUGAAGCAGGACAGAAGGAGCGAAAGAAGGAGGAUGCUAUUACCCAACAGAAUACAAUACAAAAUGAGAGUUCCAGCGCAGAGACCCCUGGCUCGUACUUACUACAGGACUCCUCCAGGAUGGUUUCAAGCAGGUAUAAAAGCACUGCUAAUGCACCAGAAGAUGAUGCUCCAAAUAGAUACCCCCGAACAGACAGGACAACUUACAGCAGAUACAGCAGGGAUGCAAAUUCUUCUGGCAGUUCUGUACCAAAUAACGCGUUGGAAAAGAGGAUCGAGGAACUUGAAAGGGAACUUGCAAAGGAGAGACAGGAAAAUGUGAGGUUAAUGAAGAUGACACAGGACAAGGAGGAACUAAUUGGAAAGCUGAAGGAAGAAAUUGAUUUAUUAAACAGAGACCUAGAUGAUAUAGAAGAUGAAAAUGAACAAUUGAAGCAAGAAAAUAAAACCCUCUUAAAAGUUGUUGGACAGCUGACAAGGUAGAAGAUUCAAGCCUCAAUGAGGAAAGAUUUAAAAACUACUGAUUGAACAUUAAGGUCAAUAUAGUAAUACUUCCUGUGUUGCAGUAUGUUAUAAUAACUGUCUUUAUAUUUAUUGUUAGGAAACCAGAUGAAUGUUUAUUUUCGUAGUACUUUCUUCUUCAUUCAAUGAAAUGGCAUCAAAUUUAGGGUAUAUUUUUGGCUUUCUUUUCACAUAAGAAUAAUUAAAUUUUUUUGCAUACUUCAAAAUACUAUGUUCAAAAAUAUUUGGGUUUUGUAUCUUCAGAUUACAUUUGGAUAAAUUACAGUAAUUUAGAACAUAGCAGAAAGAUCACUUUCAGUCCAUGUGGGUGUAUAUUUUUGAAAUGAAUGGAAGCAAUACGUAUAAGCUUUGUUUACACAGAUCCAAAAUACAUAUUUUGGGAAAUAUUUCUCUUUUUUUUGUUUAAACAGCUGUAAAGUGGAUGCCUUAUUACUGAUGUAUAACAUUUUGCAGAUUGAUUACUUGCUCUAAAACACUUACAUGUUGAGGUUUUUUUACUGUAUCUGAAAGACUGAC